AGUCCACCUUUUUGACUGGACAUCUCUAGGAAGAGGAAAGUGAGGUGCGUUAAGACUACCUUUAUAGGUUAAUCAUGGGAGUGGUAGUUCUGUCUAUGCCCCUUCGGGGAGGGGUUCUUCACUGUUUGCAGGAAUCCUCCUAGGACCUGUAGCAAAGAUCCUGUAAUCAGGCUCCUGAACUCUGAAGAUCACGUACAAAACACAUCACUGCGUUUGCUGGAAAAGGAGAAACAUUAUAAGAAUAUCUGACAAAUUCAGUAUUCUGAACAAGACAAUGUCUGAAAAGACCGAGAACCAAACCUCAGACCUUCCUGAUGCACACAGAGGCCGCAUGGAUGUGACACCUUCAAAUGAGCACAGAGGAGAACCGUAUGUCUGUGAUCAGAUGAAGACUGAGGAGGAUGAAGUUCCUAUAAAUACAGAUACAGACAAAGAUAACCCUGAUAUAGUGAAAGUUGAGAUAACAGAAGAUCUGUUGGGAGCCUCGGAUGAGGAAACCAGUGACAGUAACUGUUCAGAUUAUUAUAAUCCUAGAUAUGACCAGAAUGCUGAUUCUUCUUGCAGUCUUUUUCAAAGUGAAGAAAGCCACAUGAGAAAUGUAUGUUCUGAAUGUGGAAAAUGCUUUACCAGGAAAUCAAGUCUUGUUAAUCAUCAGAAAAUCCAUUCAGGAGAGAGACCAUUUUCAUGUUCUGAAUGUGGCAAAUGUUUUAUAGAGAAAUCAACUCUUAUUAAACACCAGAGCAUUCAUAAAGGAGAGAAAUCAUAUUCUUGUUCUUAUUGUGGGAAAUGUUUUAAUCAGAAAUCAACUCUUACUACACAUGAGAAAAGUCAUACAGGAGAGAAACCAUUUUCAUGUUCUGAAUGUGGGAAAUGUUUUAUGCGGCGAUCAGAUGUUCGUAAUCACCAGAUAAUUCAUACAGGAGAGAAACCAUUUUCAUGUUCAGAAUGUGGGAAAUGUUUUAACAGGAAAUCAAAUCUAAUUAGUCAUCAGAAAUCUCACACGGGAAAGAAAGCGUUUUCAUGUCCUGAUUGUGGUAAAAGUUAUGUCUGGAAAGGAGAUCUUGUUUAUCAUCAGAAAUAUCAUACAGGAGAGAAAGGAUUGUCAUGUUCUCAAUGUGGAAAAUAUUUUACCUGGAAAUCUGAUUUUAUUGCUCAUCAGAAAACUCAUACAGGAGAGCAAUCCUUGUUAUGUUCUGAAUAGGUAACUAUAUCCUUUGAGGCUACUACAUUACUGAGCUUAAAAGGACAGUUUAUCCAAAAACAUUAAUUUAAUUUGUUCCCAAUGAUUCAUUGUACGUGUGUGAGUGUAUUAAAUUGUUUACAAAUAGCUCUCACCUAUCCCGAAAGUUUCUAUACCUAGGUAUAGGCUAUUGAGAAACUAUUUAAACACAGACAGCAGAAGAAAUUACACUCACAGUGGUAGGUGGAAUAGAUGAAGUUGUAAAAUCUUCAUUUUCAAUUGUUCUUUGUAAGUUUUAUACAGAGAGAAAGAGAAGAAAUGGAAGCAUUUGAGUGAUAAGAUAGCAAGAUACAAGCCUAGCCUAUUUUGAUGGGCUGUGGUUUCAAAGAGCAAAUCCAUCUAUUUAUUUUGCAAAAGGAAGCAUAAAUGAGCAAUUUCACAUACAUUUUAUACGCUGCAGCUGGUAUAAAAAGUCAUAGGGGGCACAUUCAAGGAAAAAAAUUGGAGAAAAUGUUAGGGUAAACUGUCCCUUUAACUAGUGCUAGAGAAAACAAUAAGUGUGUGUGUAUAUAUAUAUA